AUGCUAGUUUCAAUUAAUCAGCUAAUAUACUUAUGGAUCCUAUUACCAUUACUAGUUUCGGCAUCUGAUACUGAGACUGGUCUUUCUGACGCUGUCACUCAAACUGGUUUUUGGACUGGUUCAACCAUCAGUUAUACUACAAUUAUUGACGUUCUUGACGGAGGUGUUACAAAUGGAGUCACUGUGGAAGAGUACAUACCUUAUUCCACAAGCAAUGUGGUAGUUACUUGGACCGGGGAUAGCACAAGUUAUACCACAGAUUAUGGUCUUAGUGGUACCGCUACUGUAUUCGAAUACGUACCACAUGAUUUUGUUACAGUUAAUGGAACAUGGACAGGAAAUUCAACAUUUUACAGUACAAGUUUUGUUGCUAAUGAAGGUACUGCUACUGUCGUUGAAUAUGUUCCUAUCUCAACUGUCACUGUUACCGAUACAUGGACUGGUGAUAGUACAUCUUUUGAAACUACUACCGCACCAAUAGGUGGUACUGCCACUGUGGUCGAGUUCGUUCCCUUUUCCUUUGUUUAUACAACAGACACAUGGACCGGAAAUACAACAACUUACACUACAAAUUACAAUGCUGAUGGUACUGCCACUGUUGUUGAAUAUGUUCCUAUCUCAACUGUAACUGUUACCGAUACAUGGACUGGUGAUAGUACAUCUUUUGAAACUACUACCGCUCCAUUAGGUGGUACUGCCACUGUGGUCGAGUUCGUUCCCUUUUCCUUUGUUUAUACAACAGACACAUGGACCGGAAAUACAACAACUUACACUACAAAUUAUGAAGCAGAUGAUGGUACUGCUACUAUCAUUGAAUAUGUUCCUAUCUCAACUGUCACUGUUACCGAUACAUGGACUGGUGAUAGUACAUCUUUUGAAACUAGUACUGCUCCAUUAGGUGGUACUGCCACUGUAGUCGAGUUCGUUCCCUUUUCCUUUGUUUAUACAACAGACACAUGGACCGGGAAUACAACAAUUUACACUACAAAUUAUGAAGCAGAUGAUGGUACUGCUACUAUCAUUGAAUAUGUUCCUAUCUCAACUGUCACUGUUACCGAUACAUGGACUGGUGAUAGUACAUCUUUUGAAACUACUACCGCUCCAUUAGGUGGUACUGCCACUGUGGUCGAGUUCGUUCCCUUUUCCUUUGUUUAUACAACAGACACAUGGACCGGAAAUACAACAACUUACACUACGACUUACGGUGCUCAAGGUACUGCCACUGUUGUUGAAUAUGUUCCUAUCUCAACUGUAACUGUUACCGAUACAUGGACUGGUGAUGUUACAUCAUUUGAAACUACUACCGCUCCAUUAGGUGGUACUGCCACUGUAGUCGAGUUCGUUCCCUUUUCCUUUGUUUAUACAACAGACACAUGGACCGGAAAUACAACAACUUACACUACGAAUUACAAUGCUGAUGGUACUGCCACUGUUGUUGAAUAUGUUCCAAUCUCAACUGUCACUGUUACCGAUACAUGGACUGGUGAUAGUACAUCUUUUGAAACUAGUACUGCUCCAUUAGGUGGUACUGCCACUGUAGUCGAGUUCGUUCCCUUUUCCUUUGUUUAUACAACAGACACAUGGACCGGAAAUACAACAACUUACACUACAAAUUAUGAAGCAGAUGAUGGUACUGCUACUGUUGUUGAAUAUGUUCCUAUCUCAACUGUAACUGUUACCGAUACAUGGACUGGUGAUAGUACAUCUUUUGAAACUAGUACUGCUCCAUUAGGUGGUACUGCCACUGUAGUCGAGUUCGUUCCCUUUUCCUUUGUUUAUACAACAGACACAUGGACCGGAAAUACAACAACUUACACUACGACUUACGGUGCUCAAGGUACUGCCACUGUUGUUGAAUAUGUUCCUAUCUCAACUGUCACUGUUACCGAUACAUGGACUGGUGAUAGUACAUCUUUUGAAACUAGUACUGCACCAAUAGGUGGUACUGCCACUGUGGUCGAGUUCGUUCCCUUUUCCUUUGUCUAUGUAACAGACACAUGGACCGGAAAUACAACAACUUACACUACAAAUUAUGAAGCAGAUGAUGGUACUGCUACUAUCAUUGAAUAUGUUCCUAUCUCAACUGUCACUGUUACCGAUACAUGGACUGGUGAUAGUACAUCUUUUGAAACUAGUACUGCACCAAUAGGUGGUACUGCCACUGUAGUGGAGUUUGUACCAAUAACUACAAUUACAGAGAUAGCAACAUGGACCGGUACCUUCACUAGUUAUAUUACCAGUACAGCAGAUGUUGGAGGUACUGCCAUUGUAUAUGAAUAUGUGCCAAUAUCUGUAACAACUGAAACAGUAACAUAUACUGGCACCACAAUAAGUUAUAGUACGACUACCGAGGAUGCCGCAGGUACUGAAAUAGUUUACGAAUUUAUACCUAUUUCCAAAACUACUGAGACUAUUACGUGGACAGGAACCGAUUCAUCAUAUACCACUGCAUAUACCCAAACUGUAGGUGGAACAGAAGUUAUCAUCGAAUAUGUUCCUGGCACCUUAAUUACUUAUAUACGUACUUGGUCAGGAACUACUACUAGCUAUAGCACUACGACCAUUGAAGGUACUGAAUAUAUUGACGUCUACGUACCUCAAUCGUAUGCUACUGAAACAGGUACUUGGUCUGGAACAACUACUAGUUAUAGUUCUACAACCCUUGAUGGUACCGCUUACUUGCUUGAAUAUGUUCCUGAAUCUCAUGCUACUCAGACUGGAACAUGGAGUGGACUCACUACUAGUUACUCUACUACCACUGUUGAAGGUACUGCAUAUCUUCUUGAAUAUAUUCCACAAUCGUAUGCUACUGAAACAGGUACUUGGUCUGGAACAACUACUAGUUAUAGUUCUACAACCCUUGAUGGUACCGCUUACUUGCUUGAAUAUGUUCCUGAAUCUCAUGCUACUGUGACUCACACUUGGUCAGGACUCACUACCAGUUACUCCUCCUCCACUGUUGAAGGUACUGCAUAUCUUAUUGAAUAUAUUCCACAAUCGUAUGCUACUGAAACAGGUACUUGGUCUGGAACAACUACUAGUUAUAGUUCUACAACCCUUGAUGGUACCGCUUACUUGCUUGAAUAUGUUCCUGAAUCUCAUGCUACUGUGACUCACACUUGGUCAGGACUCACUACCAGUUACUCCUCCUCCACUGUUGAAGGUACUGCAUAUCUUAUUGAAUAUAUUCCACAAUCGUAUGCUACUGAAACAGGUACUUGGUCUGGAACAACUACUAGUUAUAGUUCUACAACCCUUGAUGGUACCGCUUACUUGCUUGAAUAUGUUCCUGAAUCUCAUGCUACUCAGACUGGAACAUGGAGUGGACUCACUACUAGUUACUCUACUAUCACUGUUGAAGGUACGGCCUAUGUACUUGAAUAUAUUCCACAAUCUUAUGCUACUGAAACAGGUACUUGGUCUGGAACAACUACUAGUUAUAGUUCUACAACCCUUGAUGGUACCGCUUACUUGCUUGAAUAUGUUCCUGAAUCUCAUGCUACUCAGACUGGAACAUGGAGUGGACUCACUACUAGUUACUCUACUACCACUGUUGAAGGUACUGCAUAUCUUCUUGAAUAUAUUCCACAAUCGUAUGCUACUGAAACAGGUACUUGGUCUGGAACAACUACUAGUUAUAGUUCUACAACCCUUGAUGGUACCGCUUACUUGCUUGAAUAUGUUCCUGAAUCUCAUGCUACUGUGACUCACACUUGGUCAGGACUCACUACCAGUUACUCCUCCUCCACUGUUGAAGGUACUGCAUAUCUUAUUGAAUAUAUUCCACAAUCGUAUGCUACUGAAACAGGUACUUGGUCUGGAACAACUACUAGUUAUAGUUCUACAACCCUUGAUGGUACCGCUUACUUGCUUGAAUAUGUUCCUGAAUCUUAUGCUACUCAGACUGGAACAUGGAGUGGACUCACUACUAGUUACUCUACUAUCACUGUUGAAGGUACGGCCUAUGUACUUGAAUAUAUUCCACAAUCUUAUGCUACUGAAACAGGUACUUGGUCUGGAACAACUACUAGUUAUAGUUCUACAACCCUUGAUGGUACCGCUUACUUGCUUGAAUAUGUUCCUGAAUCUCAUGCUACUGAGACUGGAACAUGGAGUGGACUCACUACUAGUUACUCUACUACCACUGUUGAAGGUACUGCAUAUCUUCUUGAAUAUAUUCCACAAUCGUAUGCUACUGAGACAUAUUCUUGGUCUGGAACAACUACUAGUUAUAGUUCCACCACUGUUCAAGGUACUGCUUACUUACUUGAAUAUGUUCCACAAUCACAAGUAACUGCAACUGCAACGUGGACUGGAACCACAACAAGUGUGACAACUAGUACCGAACCAUUUGGAGGAACUGCUAUUGUCAUUGAUUACGUUCCACGUUCAUAUGUUACUGAAGUUCUCACAUGGGAACGUCAUUCUACUAGUUAUUUGACAACCACUUUACCAGUUGGAGGUACAGCUAUUGUAAUCGAGUAUGUUCCAUCUGCUACAACAACGACUUCAAGUAGUUCGUCAAGCUCUACGGAAGACGAAAUUGUUAGUACUACAGUCAUUACUUCAGAUUCAACAGAAACUUCCUUAAUCGUGAUAAGCACUGAUUAUUUUAGUUCUGGAUUUUAUUACAAUACUACUUUCACUGAGACAGAAAGUUAUUUAACUGGUACAACCCUCACUGAAGUCACUACUGUCGACGUUAAGAAGAGAAAUGUCGGUGAGUACAUCUUUACUACUCAAACUGCCUUCCCUUAUCCAUCAGAUGAGGAUUUUGCUGCUUAUGAGGCAAAGGCUAAUUCAUUGCUUAUACCUUCAACUUUCAUUGUUGAAAUUUUUGUAAUCCCAGAAUCUUCUGCUACUACUGGUGUAUGUUUAACUGGUGUAUUUUAA